CGAUAGUUGUUGCAUCGUCCUGAAUCCUACAGCGCCCUUUUUAUAUCUCUUGAGGCAUUCGGUUAUACAGUUGUGAGUCACGCAGAAGAGUGAGUGAUAAGCGCAGUCUCCAUGUAUCUAGUUAUAAGGGGACCGGUAUCUCUAGAAAUGACAUCCACAAACAACCAAAGCAUUACGUACCUUCCAAGUAACCAAGAUGACAACCUCUGCCUCGUUCAAUGACGCUUUCGCGUCGGCAGUUGCAUCCGGCCCUGAGCGCCUUCUGCCCGGUGUGGCUCUCGGUGCUGCAAGAGCCCUUCGAAUGGCUGAUACUUCAGAGCCGGAUGACUUUCUUGCUGCAUUUGGCACAUUGCAGCUUCAUCCCACGUCGCCACCAGUAUCGACCAAGACGACUGUAUGGCUGGCAUCUUGCACGAAACUAGUGACGGCUAUCGCAGCCUUGCAGUGCGUCGAGCGCGGGCUGUUUUCGCUCGACGAACCCACUGACACCGAUCGUUUACUGCCUGAAUGGAAGAACCCCGCUGUCUUAACUGGCUGGACCGCUGAUGAACCUAUCUUACAACCUGCAAAAGAAAGAUUGACUUUGAGAAGAUUGCUGACACAUACAAGCGGAGUUGGCUAUGACUUUCUCUCGGCUGACCUCGUGAAGUGGAGGCAGCAUCUCAACGAAGAAAGUCUCUUCAUGCGCGCGCCUAUCACGCAGUGCUUUGCGACACCUCUCCUCUUCGACCCCGGCUCCGGCUUCGCCUAUGGUGGCGGGCUGGAGCUUGCGGGCUUGAUGAUCGCGAGGGCCAACAACUGCACGCUGGAAGCAUACAUGCGCCAAUACAUCUUUGACGUCCUGGGGAUGGACAAAACUUCCUUCUACGUCAAGCACAACAAUAUCGAGCAGGAGUUGAUGCCGAUGACGACUCGUCCUACACCUGAUGCAGCUCUCAUACCAGGCAAUCCACCGGACAUGCCACUGGCACAGCCGCUGGAUCCUCAAGAUGAGUUUGGUGGCGGGGGUUUGUUCGGCAAUACCGAAGACUACCUCGUACUUCUGAAGUCGCUUCUCCGGAAUGAUGGCAAGCUUCUCAAGGCGGAAAGUAUCGACCUCUUGUUUACUCCAUGUAUACCACCCACGGCGCAAGAGUCGCUCGAUCAGACGCUGUCUGUCCCAGCCUACGCCGCCAUCAUGAUUCCAGGCGAUGCUCCAAUUGGCACGCCUGGUGCGCGGAAGUGGUCUCAUGCUUUGGGGGGUUUAGUAGCACUCGAAGACGAUGCCGAUGGAGGCUUGAGGGCUGGCACGUUACGAUGGGGAGGUGCACCGAAUCUGAAGUGGUGGAUUGAUCGCAAGGGCGGCACUUGUGGCAUCUUCGCGACGCAGCUAUUGCCGGCUGGCGAGACCCGACACACGCACCUGGGGAAGAUGUUUGAGAGGAUGGUAGCUGCAAUGUAGAUUUAAUAGAUGCUACUGCGGGUCGAUGGGCAUAUGAAUGGGCAUCAAUCGCAUCUCCCCCUAUUGCGACGAUUUCUCAAUUGAGGACCACGAGGUGCCCCACUUGCAUGAGGCGCUACAUAUGCACGGUGAUGACGAUGGCCUGCGCCGCUGAUUACCCAGCAGAUUCUGCCAUGACGUAUCCGAACUUCUAUUUCCGCC